UUUUUUUUGUCGCCAUCUACAGUAGUAAGUCGAGAGAAAGUGAAGGUUACUUUCAUGAACAAAAGUGUAUGCUAGGUAGCUGCGUCUAUCAUUAUAAACCGAACUUUUUCAUUGGCCAAAGUCUACGUUUCAGGUAGGCCUAAUUUUACAGUCACUACUCACGAUCGAAAGGUGAGAGGUCCUCGCGGUAGUUGUGCUACAUUACAGUAGCAUCGGGGAAGCCUAAUGCCAGCUGUAGUCUUUUAUAAUAAGCGGAAAAACAGCAACUAGAAAGAUUGUGAUGUUUAUAAACACAAUAUAAGCAUACUUUUAUUUUUUAUAAAUCGAAACACACACACAGAAACUAUCCGCAUUAUACUGCUGUGCUGCUGCUUUAUAAAGAAUACAUUUUAUGUUCUCCUGUAGCCUGCUGACAAUCAGUGUUGUCAUUUCAGUGUUGAUAUAAUGUAGCCUAUUAUGUAUUCAGAGAGAACAGCUAUGGAUGUUGAGCUAGUAACCCUGUCAUUAUAGUGCAAGUAGUAGCCGAAGUUACUUGUUACCAUAUAUUUAGAAAUAAAUACGGCCUGCUUGCUACUACCUUCAGUGCCCCAAAGGUCCAGACAUGCUUUAGUUAGGCCUACAUACAGUGUACCAUACAGGCAAAUAAUGCUGUAGUAACUUUUUUCCAGAUCCUGUGUUGUUGUGUGGCUGAGGUCAGGACUAUCUGAGGACCAUGAGUUGCGUUCCCCUGCAGCAGCAGCAGAGCUGUGGCUCCUGGGAGCUGAAGGAACGCCUGGGGACCGGGGGCUUCGGGAACGUCACCCGAUGGCAGAACAAGGUAAUAAUAAUAUAAUAAUAAUAUGCCAUUUAGCAGACGCUUUUAUCCAAAGUGACUUACAGUCAUGUGUGCAUACAUUUUUACGUAUGGGUGGUCCCAGGGAUCGAACCCACUACCCUGGCGUUACAAGCGCCAUGCACUACCAAUUGAGCUACAGAGGACCACCCAUACCAUUCAUGUGUGUAUUUUGUUACCUUUAACUUUUACUAUAUUUUUUGUGUUUGCAAAGGUGCUAUGCUAUCACGUAUAAGCUGCCUCAGUGGUGGCAUGUUUUAUACUUCUUACUGUCAUCAGAUAGCCUACGACCUAUGCUGCUGCACACCUAGCAGAACCUGUGGAGGCCCCCACAUUAAUAUCUGAUGUAAUAUUACAUUCCCUCAUCAAGAAUGCUUUAAAUUUAACUUACAGGAAAUACACUCAGCUUUAUCCUGUCACCUGGCCCAUCCUCCCUGGCCUAUGACAUCACAGGAUGAGAGGGACGUAGAUGUACAGUCAAGUUCUUCCACACCAAUCUCGACAAACCAUUUCUGUAUGGACCUCGCUUUGUGCAUGGGGGCAUUGUCAUGCUAACACAGGAAAGGGCCUUCCCCAAACUGUUGCCACAAAGUUGGAAUCACAGAAUCAAACCCAGAUUAGUCCGUUGGACUGCCAGAUGGUGAAGCGUGAUUCAUCACUCCAGAGAACGUGUUUCCACGGUUCCAGAGUCCAAUGGCGGCGAGCUUUACACCACUCCAGCUGACGCUUGGCAUUGCGCAUGAGUGAUCUUAGGCUUGUGUGCGGCUGCUCGGCCAUGGAAACCCAUUUCAUGAAGCACCUGACAAACAGUUCUUGUGCUGACGUUGCUUCCAGAGGCAGUUUAGAACUCGUGUUGCAACCGAGGACAGACAAUUUUUACGCGUUACACGCUUCAGCACUCGGCGGUCCCAUUCUGUGAGCUUGUGUGGCCUACCACUUCACGGCUGAGCCGUUGUUGCUCCAAGACGUUUCUACAUCACAAUAACAGCACUUACAGUUGACCGGGGCAGCUCUAGCAGGGCAGAAAUUUGACGCACUGACUUGUUGGAAAGGUGGCAUCCUAUGACGGUGCCAUGUUGAAAGUCACUGAGCUCUUCAGUAAGGCCAUUCUACUGCCAAUGUUUGUCUAUGGAGAUUGCAUGGUGUGUCCUCGAUUUUAUACACCUGUCAGCAACGGGUGUGGUGAAAUAGGCGAAUCCACUAAUUUGAAGUGUGUCCACAUACUUUUGUAUAUAUAGUGUAACUUCGGUCUGUCAUAGGAAAUGGAGGGAAGGGCAUGAGGUGCUCUGGCAUUGUGUUCAUGGUACUUCCUCUGCUACUUUCUGAAUCACUGGUGAUGAUGCCAUCCGUUACUUCCUGGAUUGUUGAGGAUGCCAUCUUAAUACCCCAAAUAAACAAUAAGCUGGUCGUACAGCUCAUUAUGUGUUGCCCAGAGUUUAAGUGUUAAUUGAUUUAUUACUGCAACUCGCUGUUGGCUGGGCUCCCUGCCUAUGCCAUUAAACCCCUACAACUCAUCCAGAACGCUGCAGCCCGUCUGGUGUUCAACCUUCCCAAGUUCUCUCACGACACCCCGCUCCUCCGCACACUCCACUGGCUUCCAGUUGAAGCCUGCAUCUGCUACAAGACCAUGGUGCUUGCAUACGGAGCUGUGAGGGGAACGGCACCUCCGUACCUUCAGGCUCUGAUCAGUCCCUACACCCAAACGAGGGCAUUGCGUUCAUCCACCUCUGGCCUGCUGGCCCCCCUACCUCUGCGGAAGCACAGUUCCCGUUCAGCCCAGUCAAAACUGUUCGCUGCUCUGGCACCUCAAUGGUGGAACAAGCUCCCUCACGACGCCAGGACAGCGGAGUCACUCACCACCUUCCGGAGACACUUGAAACCCCACCUCUUUAAGGAAUACCUGGGAUAGGAUAAAAGUAAUCCUUCUACCCUCCCCCUACCCAACCCCCCCCCCCAAAAAAAUAUAAUAUAUAUAUAUAAGUGGGGAGAACAAGUAUUUGAUACACUGCCAAUUUUGCAGGUUUUCCUACUUACAAAGCAUGUAGAGGUCUGUCAUUUUUAUCAUUUACAUUUUAGUCAUUUAGCAGACGCUCUUAUCCAGAGCGACUUACAGUUAGUGAAUACAUAUUUUUUUUAUACUGGCCCCCCGUGGGAAUCGAACCCACAACCCUGGCAUUGCAAACGCCAUGCUCUAUCAACUGAGCUACAUCCCUGCCGGCCAUUCCCUCCCCUACCCUGGACGACGCUGGGCCAAUUGUGCGCCGCCCAUGAGUCUCCCGGUCGCGGCCGGCUGCGACAGAGCCUGGAUUCGAACCAGGAUCUAGUGGCACAGUUAGCACUGCGAUGCAGUGCCUUAGACCACUGCGCCACUCAGGAGUUAUCAUAGGUACACUUCAACUGUGAGAGACGGAAUCUAAAACAAAAAUCCAGAAAAUCACAUUGUAUGGUUUUUAAGUAAUUAAUUUGCAUUUUAUUGCAUGACAUAAGUAUUUGAUACAUCAGAAAAGCAGAACUUAAUAUUUGGUACAGAAACCAUUGUUUGCAAUUACAGAGAUCAUACGUUUCCUGUAGGUCUUGACCAGGUUUACACACACUGCAGCAGGGAUUUUGGCCCACUCCUCCAUACAGACCUUCUCCAGAUCCUUCAGGUUUCGGGGCUGUCGCUGGGCAAUACGGACUUUCAGCUCCCUCCAAAUAUUUUCUAUUGGGUUCAGGUCUGGAGACUGGCUAGGCCACUCCAGGACCUUGAGAUGCUUCUUACGGAGCCACUCUUUAGUUGCCCUGGCUGUGUGUUUCGGGUCGUUGUCAUGCUGGAAAACCCAGCCACGACCCAUCUUCAAUGCUCUUACUGAAGGAAGGAGGUUGUUGGCCAAGAUCUCGCGAUACAUGGCCCCAUCCAUCCUCCCCUCAAUACGGUGCAGUCGUCCUGUCCCCUUUGCAGAAAAGCAUCCCCAAAGAAUGAUGUUUCCACCUCCAUGCUUCACGGUUGGGAUGGUGUUCUUGGGGUUGUACUCAUCCUUCUUCUUCCUCCAAACACGGCGAGUGGAGUUUAGACCAAAAAGCUCUAUUUUUGUCUCAUCAGACCACAUGACCUUCUCCCAUUCCUCCUCUGGAUCAUCCAGAUGGUCAUUGGCAAACUUCAGACGGGCCUGGACAUGCGCUGGCUUGAGCAGGGGGACCUUGCGUGCGCUGCAGGAUUUUAAUCCAUGAUGGCGUAGUGUGUUACUAAUGGUUUUCUUUGAGACUGUGGUCCCAGCUCUCUUCAGGUCAUUGACCAGGUCCUGCCGUGUAGUUCUGGGCUGAUCCCUCACCUUCCUCAUGAUCAUUGAUGCCCCACGAGGUGAGAUCUUGCAUGGAGCCCCAGACCGAGGGUGAUUGACCGUCAUCUUGAACUUCUUCCAUUUUCUAAUAAUUGCGCCAACAGUUGUUGCCUUCUCACCAAGCUGCUUGCCUAUUGUCCUGUAGCCCAUCCCAGCCUUGUGCAGGUCAACAAUUGUAUCCCUGAUGUCCUUACACAGCUCUAUGGUCUUAGCCAUUGUGGAGAGGUUGGAGUCUGUUUGAUUGAGUGUGUGGACAGGUGUCUUUUAUACAGGUAACGAGUUCAAACAGGUGCAGUUAAUAAAGGUAAUGAGUGGAGAACAGGAGGGCUUCUUUAAGAAAAACUAACAGGUCUGUGAGAGCCGGAAUUCUUACUGGUUGGUAGGUGAUCAAAUACUUAUGUCAUGCAAUAAAAUGCAAAUGAAUUACUUAAAAAUCAUACAAUGUGAUUUUAUGGAUUUUUGUUUUAGAUUCCGUCUCUCACAGUUGAAGUGUACCUAUGAUAAAAAUUACAGACCUCUACAUGCUUUGUAAGUAGGAAAACCUGCAAAAUCGGCAGUGUAUCAAAUACUUGUUCUCCCCACUGUAUAUAUAUAUAUAUAUACAGUGAGGGAAAAAAGUAUUUGAUCCCCUGCUGAUUUUGUACGUUUGCCCACUGACAAAGACAUGAUCAGUCUAUAAUUUUAAUGGUAGGUUUAUUUGAACAGUGAGAGACAGAAUAACAACAAAAAAAUCCAGAAAAACGCAUGUCAAAAAUGUUAUGAAUUGAUUUGCCUUUUAAUGAGGGAAAUAAGUAUUUGACCCCUCUCAUGACUUAGUACUUGGUGGCAAAACCCUUGUUGGCAAUCACAGAGGUCAGACGUUUCUUGUAGUUGGCCACCAGGUUUGCACACAACUCAGGAGGGAUUUUGUCCCACUCCUCUUUGCAGAUUUUCUCCAAGUCAUUAAGGUUUCGAGCCUGACGUUUGGCAACUCGAACCUUCAGCUCCCUCCACAGAUUUUCUAUGGGAUUAACGUCUGGAGACUGGCUAGGCCACUCCAGGACCUUAAUGUGCUUCUUCUUGAGCCACUCCUUUGUUGCCUUGGCCGUGUGUUUUGGUUCAUUGUCAUGCUGGAAUACCCAUCCACGACCCAUUUUCAAUGCCCUGGCUGAGGGAAGGAGGUUCUCACCCAAGAUUUGACAGUACAUGGCCCUGUCCAUCGUCUCUUUGAUGCGGUGAAGUUGUCCUUUCCCCUUAGCAGAAAAACACCCCCAAAGCAUAAUGUUUCCACCUCCAUGUUUGACGGUGGGGAUGGUGUUCUUGGGGUCAUAGGCAGCAUUCCUCCUCCUCCAAACACGGCGAGUUGAGUUGAUGCCAAAGAGCUCGAUUUUGGUCUCAUCUGACCACAACACUUUCACCCAGUUCUCCUCUGAAUCAUUCAGAUGUUCAUUGGCAAACUUCAGAUGGGCUUGUAUGUGUGCUUUCUUGAGCAGGGGGACCUUGCGGGCGCUGCAGGAUUUCAGUCCUUCACGGCAUAGUGUGUUACCAAUUGUUUUCUUGGUGACUAUGGUCCCAGCUGCCUUGAGAUCAUUGACAAGAUCCUCCCGUGUAGUUCUGGGCUGAUUCCUCACCGUUCUCAUGAUCAUUGCAACUCCACGAGGUGAGAUCUUGCAUGGAGCCCCAGGCCGAGGGAGAUUGACAGUUAUUUUGUGUUUCUUCCAUUUGCGAAUAAUCGCACCAACUGUUGUCACCUUCUCACCAAGCUGCUUGGCGAUGGUCUUGUAGCCCAUUCCAGCCUUGUGUAGGUCUACAAUCUUGUCCCUGACAUCCUUGGAGAGCUCUUUGGUCUUGGCCAUGGUGGAGAGUUUGGAAUCUGAUUGAUUGAUUGCUUCUGUGGACAGGUGUCUUUUAUACAGGUAACAAGCUGAGAUUAGGAGCAUUCCCUUUAAGAGUGUGCUCCUAAUCUCAGCCUGUUACCUGUAUAAAAGACACCUGGGAGCCAGAAAUCUUUCUGAUUGAGAGGGGGUCAAAUACUUAUUUCCCUCAUUAAAAUGCAAAUCAAUUUAUAACAUUUUUGACAUGCGUUUUUCUGGAUUGUUUUGUUGUUAUUCUGUCUCUCACUGUUCAAAUAAAGCUACCAUUAAAAUUAUAGACUGAUAAUUUCUUUGUCAGUGGGCAAACGUACAAAAUCAGCAGGGGAUCAAAUACUUGUUUCCCUCACUGUAUAUAUAUAUAUAUAUACAGUGGGGAGAACAAGUAUUUGAUACACUGCCGAUUUUGCAGGUUUUCCUAUAUAUAUAUAUAUUGUAAAGUGGUUGUCCCACUGGCCAUCAUAAGGUGAAUGCACCAAUUUGUAAGUCGCUCUGUAUAAGAGCGUCUGCUAAAUGACGAAAAUGUAAUGUAAAUGUAAAAUGUAUGUGACUAUUAUACUUCAGACAGCUUUACAUUGCGUCAGGCCUGUCUCUUUCUGUGUACUGUGUGUAUUGUAACAGCAUUGUAAGUGUGUUUGUGUGUGUGUUUAUGUGUGUGUGUCUAAUCCUACGUGUGUGUUGUUGUGUAGGACACAGAGGAGCAGAUAGCCAUUAAGCAGUGUCGUCAGGAGCUGAGUGAGAGGAACAGAGAACGCUGGUGUCUGGAAAUACAGAUAAUGAAGAGGUGAGAGACUUUUUCCCACCAAACUUUUUUGUCUACGAAAACGUUUUAUUUUUAUUUACCGAUCUUAAGGGACUUGCAUCGUGCGAGCAAUAUGGCAAUGGGUCCACUUAGCUUUACAAUGGGUUUAGGGUAGCUGUAGACCAAUCCAUUUGCGUCAUAUCUGCCAACACAGCAGGGGAAGGAAUAUGGAUGGCUAUGGAGUACAGUAAGACAGGAAGUUGGCAGUGUGAAUCCAACAAAUUAGCCUUAUUACCAAAUCACCAAUUGGGAUUACGUUACGUAUAUCCCACUUGAGCCUGUCUUACUCACAGCAUCACUCAAUAUUACACAGCAUCACUCAAUAUUACACAGCAUCACUCAAUAUUACACAGCAUCACUCAUAUGCUGCUGCUACUCUGUUUAUUAUCUAUCCUGAUUGCCUAGUCACUUUUACCCCUACCCACAUGUACAUACUGUAUUACCUCAACUACCUCUUACCCCUGUACAUUGACUCGGUACUGGUACUCCUUGUAUAUUGCCUCGUUAUUGUGUUACUAUCUCCUUUUUUAUUUACAAAAUAUUUUUCUUACUUUUUAACGCUGCAUUGUUGGGAGCGGGCUCGUAAGUAAGCAUUUCACUGUAAAGUCUACACCUGUUGUAUUUUGCGCAUGUGAUUUGAUUAGAUUUAUUUGUAACGAAACAUUCAGGGAGAUUUGCAUGUUUCACAAUGCCUAUUUGCUUUGUUCUCUCUGCUAUUAGCAUCAUGCCUCAGCUUGCCUUCUGUCGUAGAGAAAGGCCACAUAAGAUGUCACGGCACAUUCCAUGACACUGACACUUUUUAUGUCCCCUCAUUUGUUUUGCAGUCCACAUUGGGGCAGGAAAAAUACUACAAUGGAACAAUUGUUUUAUUCGGCUGUAGUAAAAAUGAGCAAUGACAUUAAAAAGACAUGAAAGCUGGGUCUAUUUCAGUCUGUGGGUUCUGUGUUGGUCAUUUGGCACAGGAUAGGUAGUGUUCCACCAGCUCAUCUUGGCUGUGGUGCCAGUGGUACUCCUGUUGGCGAGUAGCGCUGUGUGGGGGGGUGACAAUUUGUCUUGGUGUCAGAAGGGGUGGGAAGGGGGGGGGGCUAAUUCUUGGUGGUCAAGUUGGGUGUGGGUGUGGAGAGGUAAUUUGUCAGUGUGUGUAUUUUUGUAUGAAUGUGUGAGGAUUUCUUGUUGUCAGGUCAUGCUUUAACGAGUGUGUUGUUGUCAGACAGACGUGGUCUCAACCACAACCCUCUCUUGUACCCAAGCACUGCUAAGCCACACACACACACACACACCGUCAUAGCCUUGCCCAUGCAAAGUUUAAACCCAAAGUUCAAUGUAAUAACAUCAGAUUUUCAGCCAAGGUCAACUGAAGCCCUUAAAUGUUGAGUCAAAGUCAGCUUCAGGUUUUUUCUUUUGUGUGUGUGUGUGUGUUGUGCAGUGCAGUGCAGGCAUGAAAGCCUUUGAUAGAGUCACACUUUUACAAACACCUUAUAACACCUCACACACACCCCACUACAUCAUACAUUUACAGACACCCCAUAACUGCACACACACUGCCCAGCGGACGUCAGUUAACCUUACAGAAGUCACUAGAGAUUUUCCAUUUCCAGUCAUACAUUUUUCACUAUACUGGCUCACACCGUGUCCAGUGGUGAUGGGUUGUUAUGAUAUUCUGAUAAUGUUUGGGUUAGCAAUCAGUUACUUCUCAGACUACCAUUAUGAGACUAAAACACACAAUGACUGUACAUUGUCUGCUGACUGAUGAUGACCUCAUGACUAUUUAUUAUCCCAGUGAUUACCAUCAUCUGUAUCACCUAACCACUUGCAUAUUAGGUACAGUAAUAUAGUGAAAUUGUUUUCACAGGUUUUUAUUGGACGGUUUUAGGACAGUUCAGCCUGGACAAUCAGAAACACAUUUAUACAUUCUACAGUGAGGCAAAAAGUGCAAAACAGUAUCUAUAAUCGGGUUCGCGCAUUUUUAUUAGGGAGAAUAGAGAAGAAGUAGAGAUAGAGAGAUGAGAGAUAUGAGAGAGAGGAGAGAGAGAAGACGAUAAUCUCUCUCUCUAUCUCUAUCUAUCUACUCUCUAUCGUAUCUAUCUAUCUAUCUAUCUCUAUCUAUAUAGUCUAUAUAUAUCUAUCUCUCUCGCUAUCUCUCUCUAUCUCUCUCUUCUCUAUUCGAUAUAGAUAUCACUCUCUCUCUCUCUCCCCUCUCUCUUCUCUUCUAUCUCUUCUCUUCUCUCUCCUCUCUCUCUUCUCUCUCUUCUCAUCUCUGUCUCCAGAUGGACCUGGAACGUUGGUAGCAGCGAGGGAGGUUCCUGAAGGACUGCAGUCCUCCUUACGCAUCCACGAUCUACCUCUACUGGCCAUGGAGUACUGUCAGGGAGGUGACCUGAGGAAGGUGUGUUAUAUACACACACACACACACACAACACACCCCACACACACCAACCACACCCCAAAAACCCAAACAACAAAAGCCUUAUGCUGUUCAUGUUUCUCCUGUGUGUGUGUGUGUUUCUCCAGUAUCUGAACGUGUUGGAGAACUGCUGUGGAAUGAGGGAGGGUUCCAUCCUUAUUCUGCUACGGGACAUAUGUGAGUAGUAGCUCUAAUGCAUUGCAUUUACACAGGGAUUUUGACCAAUUCUCAAAGUGUCAGACAUGGUGUCUGUGUCAAAUGCCAGCAGUUUGGCCAUGUUCCACGUUCCUGAUGGUGACAUCACAGAGCCACUUCCUGUGAGGUGACAGUUAAUGUAUGAUCAACUUCCUGUUGGAUGGAGUAAAUGGGCAUGGCCUGUGUGUGUCACACACACACCUGUCUGUCUGACUUUUAGAGUGACAUCAUCAACAACCCUAACCACAGGCCAGUCACCAUUGACACCACUCACACAUAGUGUGAUGGUUUGAUUCCUGCAUAGGCCACAUGUACUGAAAAUAUGUGUUUACUGUGAGUUUCUUGCUUUGGUAAUAGCGUCUUCUAAAUGAUUAUCUUAUUACAUGUAUAUUACAUAGUGAAGACAAGCCAGGAAGUCCAGUGAACCCACAAACAUGUAUUUUCAUUUUCAUCAUCGAGUAGGCCUUUUUAGAUGCUCGACAGUUGCUGAACUUGCUUUAACUGCUGACACAUUUCAGAUACAUUUUGUCUAAACUUUGAUAGUGUUUUCCAUUCACCCUGUUUUCCUUAUACAUUUAGCAGACACUCUUAUCCAGAGCGACUUACAGGAGCAAUUAGGGUUAAGUGCAUUGCUCAAGGGCACAUCGACAGAUUUUUCACUGGCAUGACAUGACCAGACAUGACCAUACUAAAUAUGAAACUGCAAGUCUUCAUAAGCUAACCGCAAACUUCCUGAUAUUCAUAGGCACACAUCGUCACACUCACACCAAAUCAUAAAUCAUCUUAUACAUGCACACAGAUAUGCGAGAGCAGGACUGUGUACAGACUUCUACACUUGAACACACUCACACCAUACUCACAGGAGGAAACACGCAUAAAUAAACAAACACACACACGCUCAGGGAUGCAUAUAUAAAUCCAUAGAUCUCACAUCUCUGAGAGCAGGCACAGACAGAUAGGUGCAACACUUGAAAUGCAGACAUGCAAAACAUACUCAUACUCAAGUAGUAACACACACCCACUCAAAUCAUUCCUCUUCCUGUUGAACUUUGGUGGGCACUUCCUGCUGAUGAGAGUUUUACAAUGUACCACCCGCCGAGCCCUGACACACACACUCACAUACAGGGGCAUUGGGGUUACGGGAUCCGCAUCAUUUAACACUCUUAGCCAACUCACUCACCAGUCACCCAUUGAUGCAGGAUGUUAAGUGACCAUGCCAAUCAACACUACAGCACAGAGACAAAGGCCAGACCCUUACUGGACAUCAAUGACACAGUAUGUUGAAUCACACAGUACCAUGCACAAGUGCCCCCCCCCCACACACACACACACACACGGCUGUAUCAUUAGUCUCGGACUCAUUACAUUUCCAGAGUGGUCAGGUUGCUUUUCGAUGCCCUAUUAGCAGUGUAAUGUAAUGCCAAAUGAUUCACCCCCUAAAUGAUGCUGAUGCUCUCCUCUGGUUAGUCUGUAUUGACAAGAGAAAGCAGGAAAGAAGCCCAGGAUCCUAUUUGAUUACCUGUUUGAUUAAAAUACCAGGAUACUGUUUGAUUACACUGGGUUGUGACUGGAUAGCUUGGUUUUGUUUAUUCUCUCUCUCUCUCUCUCUCCCCCUUCUCUCUCUGUCUCCUAGCCUCUGCUCUGACCUACCUCCAUAAGAAGAGGAUCAUCCACAGAGAUCUAAAGCCAGAGAACAUCGUCCUACAGCAGGGAGAGAAGAGAGUGAGUCUCCCUGUGUGAUUUUAGAAACGGAACUCUUUGCAGUCACUCCCAGACAAAUGCCUUGGCUUUGGCUCAACAGGCUAACAUGAUCUUGAAUAUGGGUUCAUGACCUGCCUAAUCACAGAACCACAAACCACUGCAAACGCCAAAACCAACAGACACCCACCCUCUGUAAUAGUUCUUACCUUGCCCAAUAUGUCUCCAUCUAGUUAAUAAUGCAAUAUAUACCAUCCAUCCCUAAACUUCUCAAUAGGAUUGCAUGGACAGAAAUCUAGUUGUAUAACUAACUAAGGCCAGACAUAUUAAAACAAGUUGUUGCUAAAUGUUUAUGUAUACGCCCUUGUAUUGUUUGAUAGCAUUAUAUGAAGGGUACGGCACAAAACACACAUAUUUCUUUCUGGUUUAAAUUGACCGUAAAUUAUUUUUAUUGUGAAAUGUUUCACACACAAUAGCAAUACUAAACGCCCUCCUGGUGACGGUGUGUGUUUGGAGUACAGUGCUUGCUUUGAGAAGUAGGGGCCGUAGAACUAUUAUAUGAAACGGUUCUUAAAGGCAGUAGAGCACCAAAGUAGUUAUUUGAUAUUUAUUAGUUAAUUAUAUGUUAUGUAGUUACUGUUUUACCAUGUCAUUUCUUAGUUAAUACUAGGAAUACGCCAUACAUCGUGAAAUUAAGCAUAACCCGUGACACUGUUAUCUCUUCCUCUCUCUGUAGUUGAUCCAUAAGAUCAUAGAUCUGGGCUAUGCCAAGGAACUGGACCAGAACAGUCUGUGUACCUCAUUCGUUGGAACACUGCAAUACCUGGUGUGUGGUGCUACUGUGGCUAACACUUAUUCUAUCUGUUCUAUUUGUAUAUCUCUGUGGUAGUAUCAGAGAUAUACAUUUACUAGGAAUUAUCUCACUUUCCCUCUCUGUUCUUUUAUCUCUCAUAGGUUCUUCUUUUUCAUAGCAAUUUUUCACAGUUCUUCUCCCACUCCCCUUCCUGUCUCUCUCUCUCCCCGCUUUCUCUCUCUCGCUCUAUCUCUGUCUAUCUCUAUCUCUCUCUGUCUAUCUCUAUCUAUUUCUCUCUCUCUAUGUCUAUCUCUAUCUCUCUUUCUCUCUCUCUCUCAGGCUCCAGAGCUCUUGGAGAGACAGAAGUAUACAGUGACCGUGGAUUAUUGGAGCUUUGGAACAUUGGUGUUUGAGUGCAUUACUGGGUUCCGCCCCUUCCUGCCAACCUGGCAACCCGUGCCCUGGUACUGCCACACACAAACGAACACACACUCACUACGCACACACACACACACACACACACACUAGACACACCCACUACAAACACACACACACACCCUCCAGCUAAACCUCUUAUUGUUCUUUCCCCUGUUAGAAACACGGACCCAUUGUUGCUUUAUCCUGCUGUGUUCAACCUUGAGCUACAAUAAUAAACCUGUUGAAUGGUAUUCCUAAAGGGUGGUAUGUUUGGUUAUGAUAGACCACACUCCAGACUCAAGUUAUACUGUAAUAUGAUUAUAUUUCAACACGCUAUCAAAGACCUAAAGAACAAGGGGAAAUGUGUGUGUACUGCCCAUGUGGGCCUCUGUGGCCAGCGUUGACAAGACUGGCAUGGCCAAGCUUGCAUUCCCUAUGUGUGUGUGUGUGUGCGUGUGUGUUUGUCUGUGUGCAAGCAUGUGAAUGUAUAUCUUAUCGUUAGCAAUCUAAGCAAUUGAAAUAGAAAAAUACUAAUUAUCUGUUCUCCUCCCCCUCAUCUCUCUCUCUGUCUCAUUCGCUCUCUCAGGCAUAAUAAGGUGAAGUUGAAGCAGGAUCAUGACAUUGUGGUUUAUGAGGACCUGACAGGGGAGGUGCGCUUCUCUAAACACCUGCCCCAGCCCAACAACCUCAACACGUGAGUCACUACACCGCCACCUGGGGCCAUUUCUCCUUGCCAAUAAAGUACUUUCAAUUUAUUAAGACAUGAGAUAAGUCAUUUGAUCAUUUGGGUGAAUUAUUCCUCAUUGUGUGUGUGUGUGGUAGUCUGUUGUUGGGCCGUCUAGAGAGCUGGCUGCAGCUGAUGCUGAGGUGGUCUCCCCAGGAGAGAGGCAAGGCAGACCCCCAGACCACCUCCUCAGACUGCUUCUCUCAGCUAGAGACUAUACUGGGGCUGAAGGUACACGACACACACACUCUCUUUAAUUCAGUACACAUCUCUCUCACAGGAUCCUUGGUUGGCAAGACACUGGGUUGUAAUGGAAGGAUUUGUUUUGUUGAUUCUUUCUCUCUCUCUCUCGCUCUCUCUCGCUAGCUGGUUCACGUAUUGAACAUGGUGUCUGCUAAAAUCUUCACCUACUCUGUCUCAGCCAAUGAGAGCGUGGCUGAUCUGCAGCAGCGAAUCGGGUGUGACACCAACAUCCCUCCAGCAAAUCAAGAGCUACUGUUGGAGGCAGGACUAGCUCUGGAGCCACAGGGCGAGGCGGGGCAGUGUGCCAUCGACUACACUGUAAUCUAUCUGAUGUUGACACAUAAUCUAUAAUCCAAUCAAAAUGUGUUUCAUAUAGCAUGUCGGACAGAGUAGUCAAGAUAUUGCAGGUGUAAAGGAUAAUAAGAAGUCUUCACGUAUCUUUACUCUCUCUCUCUCUCUCUCUCUCUCUCUCUCUCUCUCUCUCUCUCUCUCUCUCUCUCUCUCUCUCUCUCUCUCUCUCUCUCAGGAGAUAGACGGGAGGAGGACAGACCUUCCUCUGGUGUUUCUGUUUGACCGUUCCUCCUGCAGCUACGAGCCCCAGUUCACCCCCCGCAAAAUGCCAGAGAACAUACGCUUUGUCCGUGAGUUCACACACACACUAAUGCUAAGAAAAGUGAAAGAUAUCAAUGAAAAGUGGCCAUCUCUCACAACUGUCUCUACUUUCUACAUGUGAAUAUGUGAGCAUUCUGUUAUACACUGGAACUGUCUCUCUCUCUUUUUCUCUCUCCCUCUCAGAGACGGACCCUAAGCACGUGUUGACCUACAGUCCUCUGAGGAGGACCUGGGGCCAGGCCUGGGACACCAUCCGCACCCUGAAGGAGGAUUGGCAGAGGUUACAGCAGGGACAGAAAGCUGCCCUGUAAGACUCAAAAACAUACUUAUUCUAUCCGGGGAGUCAAAUGUCAAAUACUUAAAGAGCUGUUGAUUUAGCUUGCCUGGUACAAUGAAAGUCACGGAAUAGUCCCAAAACUCUCUCUCUCUCUUUCUACCUCUCUUUCUUUAUUUCUCUCUCUCUCUCUUUCUAUCAGUAUGAGUUUGCUGAGACACAACAGCUCCCUGUCGAAGCAGAAGAAUGAGAUGGUGUCUAUGAACCAGAGGCUGACGGCCAAACUAGACUUCUUCUCUACCAGCCUGCACAUAGACAUGGACAAAUACCAGGAGCAGAGAGCUACAGGGAUAGGUAGGCUACUGGAAACACAGGUACUGUAAUGUACAGGGGUCACAACUGGAAUAUAUCAGGACCAGACAACAGCCAUAGUAUAUGUUUAUGACUGCCCCAGACUGCAACUCAGCAUGGAUAGGUUGACUAUAUAUUGACUGAGUGUACAAAAGAUUAGGAACACCUGCUCUUUCUGUGACAUAGACUGACCAGGUGAAUCCAGGUGAAAGCUAUGACACCUUAUUGAUGUCACCUGUUAAAUCCACUUCAUUCAGUGUAGAUGAAGGAAAGGAGACAGGUUAACCUUUUACUGCAGUGGGCUAAAUCAGGGUCACACAGAGUGAUUCUUGGUAGUCUUAAACAAAUCUACUUUGAAACAAAAGUAUACACCUCACACACAUCGUUAUGGGCUUAAGAAAAAGAAGACGCCUGUACCAUGUCAGAUAUAGAGUUGAAAUGUAUUACAUUUUGAGUUUGCAUCCCAAUAUUACACUUGAUAUACAUCACAGAAGACAGAACUAUAACAAAACUCUGACAUAGAAACACCAGAUUUUCGUCCAUUUUUUAAAACUAAUCUUUAUUAAUGAUGAAAUUAUGAAAAAUAUGAAUAACAGGCCAAAGAGGGCGCUUUUGGUCAUUGACUGCAGUAAAGGGCUACAGGAGUUUUAAUUCUUGAGACAUGGAUUGUGUAUGUGUGCCAUUCAGAGGGAGAAUGGGCAAGACAAAAGUUUUAAGUGCCUUUGAACGGGGUAUUGUAGUAGGUGCCAGGCGCACUGGUUUGAGUGUGUCAAGAAUUGCAACGCUGCUUUGUUUUUCACGGUCAACAGUUUCCCGUGUGUAUCAAGAAUGGUCCACCACCCAAAGGACAUCCAGCCAACUUGACACAACUGUGGGAAACAUUGGAGUCAACAUGGGCCAGCAUCCCUGUGGAAUGCUUUCGACACCUUGUAGAGUCCACGCCCUGACGAAUUGAGGCUGUUCUGAGGGCGAAAGGGGGUGCAACUCAAUAUUAGGAAGGUGUUCCUAAUGUUUUGUACACGCAGUGUAUAUUCCACACUAUAGUACUAGACUAGUGUAAUGUAACGUGUUCUGUCUCUAGCCUCUGAAAAGCUGCUGGGUGUGUGGAGGGAGAUGGAGCAGACUGCAGUCAGCUGUGGCCAGGUAAGUGUGCGUGCCUGCCUUCCUAUCUGUGUGUGUGUGUGUUUGUUUGUGAGUGUGUGUGUGUGUAAGUAAAUAUGUUUGUUUGUGUUGCAGGCAGAGAGGGUGACAGAGCUGGAAGAGGAGAUGAUGCUCCUCCAGACAGACAUCGUGGACCUCCAGAGACAACCGUGGAGGAGUGGAGAGGCCCUGGACACACUGUAAGAGACAGACAGAAACAUCUCAACAGACCAGUCUUUAAUCCAGAACAAGAUCUAUAAAUGCAUCUAAGCAGUUUACCCUGUCAGCUGAUCCCUGGCCUUUAGUGAGCUAAAACUUGAACUGUUCCUUCUAUUUUCUCCUCUCCUCGUUCGGCUACAGUGAGGGGAAGGCCAUGGAGUUGUUCCGUAAGCUGAGAGAGAAACCCAGAGGUUGGUUUACCACUUUUCCAUUCGUGACGAUUUACCAUCACAGUAUAGACUUCUGCUGUCUACUUGUGAUUCUGAGAACAUGUCAUUAUAGACUAGAAAACUUCCUCUCUCACUUCCUCUCUCCCUUCUCCCGCUCUCUCUCUCUUCCCUCCCUCUCUCCAGACCAGAGGUGUGGGGGGGACAGUCAGGAGGUAGUGCGUCUGGUGGUCCAGGCAGUCCAGUUCUACGAGAGGAAACUCAAAGACUUCUACACACACCUCAGGUGUCCAUGCACACACACUCACACUCACACACUCACACACACACACACACACACACACUAGUCUACACACACCUCAGGUGUCCAUGCACACUCACACACACACACACACACACACACACACACACACACACACACACACACACACACACACACACACACACACACACUAGUCUACACACACCUCAGGUGUCCAUGCACACACUCACACACACUCACACACACACACACACACACACACUCACACACACACACACACACACACACACACACUAGUCUACACACACCUCAGGUGCCGUUACAUAUACAUACAUUUGCGUUUUUUCACUCUCUCCCUGUAGUAAGACGUGUGUUUGUGUUGCAGUAAAACAGUGGUGUGUCGUCAGCGUGUGCUGGAGCUGCUACCCCGUGUAGAGGGCGUGGUACAGAGGAUGGCUGAGAGUGAACAGGUCCUGAUGAAUCUACAGGAGAGACGACAAAAGGAACUAUGGAACCUGCUUAAAGUAGCCUGUGUAAGUGCACACACAAAUACAUACAGAAACACGGACACACACACACAUACACACACACACUCCUGAUCAGUGUGUAUCCUUCGUUGUUAUUCAGAGUAAGGUGCGCAGCCCGGUGAGUGGGAGUCCUGUGGAUGCGGGACGUUCUUCCUCCUCCGUUCCCCCUCUACUGACCCCCAGACCCAGCCUACAGCAGCUGUGAGUACACCCACACAUACACACACACAACCACACACACCUCCUUCAGGUGGACAGACGGCUGGACACAGACAGACAGACAGACAGACAGACAGAUAGAUAGAUAGAUAGAUAGAUAGAUAGAUAGAUAGAUAGAUAGAUAGAUAGAUAGAUAGAUAGAUAGAUAGAUAGAUAGAUAGAUAGAUAGAUAGAUAGAUAGAUAGAUAGAUAGAUAGAUGGAUGAAUGUGUUUAUGAUGGUGUGUGCUCUUCUCUGUAGUGAGUUGGUGUUUUGUGUGUAUUUGAAGUGUGUCUGAGACUGCUUGCAUGUGUGUGUGUGUUUCAGGGAUGAGUCUCUAUUGGUGAUCGAGGAGAGCAGGACGUUUGAGAGUCGACUACAGAGCCUGCUACAGGAGACCAUCCAGGAGUCGGAGAGCGAUAUGCAGGUACACACACAUACAGUGGGGAAAAAAAGUAUUUAGUCAGCCACCAAUUGUGCAAGUUCUCCCACUUAAAAAGAUGAGAGGCCUGUAAUUUUCAUCAUAGGUACACGUCACCUAUGACAGACAAUUUGAGAAAACAAAAUCCAGAAAAUCACAUUGUAGGAUUUUUAAUGAAUUUAUUUGCAAAUUAUGGUGGAAAAUAAGUAUUUGGUCACCUACAAACAAGCAAGAUUUCUGGCUCUCACAGACCUGUAACUUCUUCUUUAAGAGGCUCCUCUGUCCUCCACUCGUUACCUGUAUCAAUGGCACCUGUUUGAACUUGUUAUCAGUAUAAAAGACACCUGUCCACAACCUCAAACAGUCACACUCCAAACUCCACUAUGGCCAAGACCAAAGAGCUGUCAAAGGAUACCAGAAACAAAAUUGUAGACCUGCACCAGGCUGGGAAGACUGAAUCUGCAAUAGGUAAGCAGCUUGGUUUGAAGAAAUCAACUGUGGGAGCAAUUAUUAGGAAAUGGAAGACAUACAAGACCACUGAUAAUCUCCCUCGAUCUGGGGCUCCACGCAAGAUCUCACCCCGUGGGGUCAAAAUGAUCACAAGAACGGUGAGCAAAAAUCCCAGAACCACACGGGGGGACCUAGUGAAUGACCUGCAGAGAGCUGGGACCAAAGUAACAAAGCCUACCAUCAGUAACACACUACGCCGCCAGGGACUCAAAUCCUGCAGUGCCAGACGUGUCCCCCUGCUUAAGCCAGUACAUGUCCAGGCCCGUCUGAAGUUUGCUAGAGUGCAUUUGGAUGAUCCAGAAGAGGAUUGGGAGAAUGUCAUAUGGUCAGAUGAAACCAAAAUAUAACUUUUUGGUAAAAACUCAACUCGUCGUGUUUGGAGGACAAAGAAUGCUGAGUUGCAUCCAAAGAACACCAUACCUACUGUGAAGCAUGGGGGUGGAAACAUCAUGCUUUGGGGCUGUUUUUCUGCAAAGGGACCAGGACGACUGAUCCGUGUAAAGGAAAGAAUGAGUGGGGCCAUGUAUCGUGAGAUUUUGAGUGAAAACCUCCUUCCAUCAGCAAGGGCAUUGAAGAUGAAACGUGGCUGGGUCUUUCAGCAUGACAAUGAUCCCAAACACACCGCCCGGGCAACGAAGGAGUGGCUUCGUAAGAAGCAUUUCAAGGUCCUGGAGUGGCCUAGCCAGUCUCCAGAUCUCAACCCCAUAGAAAAUCUUUGGAGGGAGUUGAAAGUCCGUGUUGCCCAGCGACAGCCCCAAAACAUCACUGCUCUAGAGGAGAUCUGCAUGGAGGAAUGGGCCAAAAUACCAGCAACAGUGUGUGAAAACCUUGUGAAGACUUACAGAAAACGUUUGACCUGUGUCAUUGCCAACAAAGGGUAUAUAACAAAGUAUUGAGAAACGUUUGUUAUUGACCAAAUACUUAUUUUCCACCAUAAUUUGCAAAUAAAUUCAUAAAAAAUCCUACAAUGUGAUUUUCUGGAAAUCUUUUUCUCAUUUUGUCUGUCAUAGUUGACGUGUACCUAUGAGGAAAAUUACAGGCCUCUCUCAUCUUUUUAAGUGGGAGAACUUGCACAAUUGGUGGCUGACUAAAUACUUUUUUUCCCCACUGUACACUUACACACACACACACACACACACACACACACUCUCUCUCACAAACACACACACACACACACACAGGGUGGUAAAAACAUACAACCCUCUCUGGCUGUCUUUGUCUCCUAGUUGCUGAGAGAGUGGACGUGGCUGAGUGAAAGACAGGACCUUUCCUCUGAUCUUUCCUGAUUCUACUGGUUCCCUCGGAGGAGGCAGGAGUUUCCCCUAGCUACUGAUACAGGGUCAGAUAUGAUGUCAUCCCCAUAAUUGUCAUGUUAAGGAUUGGAGUUAGAGUAAUCUGAUCCUAGACCUGAGGUUAAGGGACGAUUCUGUCUCAAGCUGAUGUCAAACAGAAGAGCCGUCCCAUUCCAGACCCCCUGUUGUGGUCCUCUGCUGCUGCUGUGUGGUAGGGAAGACUUGCUGCAACAGAGUGCAUCGCACAAUUUGACAUUGACUCUUGGGGGUGGCCCAAAAAUAAUGGAUUGAGCCAACAUUGAUAUUUUCCAGGCUCAUUGGGGUGCCUACAUUAACAUGCGCAAUACCGCUGUAAUCUAUAUCCUGGUGUAUUGGAGUCAUCUAAUCCUGCUCUAAAGGGUGUAGGUUUGAAUGAGGAAAAUGGAUGUUGACCACUGGCAUAGCUGUAUUUCAAAAUCAAAACCAGUAAUCUCACUGGUUGUCCUCCUCACUAAAGUCCUGGUGGUACUGGUUCUAAAAAAGUCUGGUCUGGACCCUGGUGAUGAUUCCUAAUCUUUCAAAUGUUUUUUUAUGCUUGCCACAAAAUAUUCUCUGACCAAGGUUUUAGCUGUAGCUUGUAUAUUCAGUUACCAUACUCAGGGUUCUCCCCAAAAAAUUUAAAAGAGGCGCUGCGCCCCCCUUAUGGACUGGCUGUGCCACUAUGUAAAAACAUAAAUAUUUUGUACUUUAUUUGUUAUCAUAUAGGGCACAUUUUUGCUCUAGAUUGCAGGAAAUGGCAGUUACAGGUGUUAAAAAACGCAAAAAUCUUUGAGUCCAAGGUUGGCACUGCCCCCCUCCGGGCCUCCCCCAGCUGUACUCGGCAGCACCACCUUGUUAAAAAAUCCUGGGGAGAACCCUGCAUACUGUAACAGU